GAUCGCCGUCACGACAUACAGGCACUGCUGUACACUCCAAGCGCCAGGUUCGCCAGAAAAUCAGGUCCCAGCCGGCGUACGGUUCACCCAUAUGUGGCCGGCAGUCUGACAUCCAUUCGCAGAGAGCGAACAAGAAGGGCACGCUCGAUUCUCGGCUCCCACGCACUACAUCGGCGUUUUUGACUUGGUUUUAGAGAGCGGGCUUGGGAUGGAGCUUGCCGCGGAGAUGUCUGCUGCACGGAAUGCACCAGGUGCCCGGCAGACUGCAUGGAUGCUGAACGGGAUCCGAACGGAGGUGGUGGUGAUCCCCUACGCCGACCGAACUUUCGUCAUCGUCACGCAAAUGAAGAAGCUUGGCAACUUGUUGAUGGCGACUUCGGAUGCCGCCGGGGGCAUGGUGACGGGCAGCGGGGGGCGGAGAUAUAGCGUGCAAGUUUUGCUUGGAAGGAGGGACGACCCUCUUCUCUGCUUGUACGCGCGACAAAUGCUGGAACAGAUGAAGUCAGACAAGCCACUGCUGCUGGCAGUAUGUCUCAAAGAGGAGGGACGGGAUACGAAGACGUUCCAAGAGGUUAUGAACCAGGUUCUCUCGCUCGGAGGAUGGCGCGGGUGAUGCGAUAACGGCGACGCCUAACGGAGGCCAAGAAGCCUAUCAGAUGCUCAUCCGCCGAAGUUUGUCAGGGAUAAAGAAUUGAUCCGUUAUUUGAAGAACGGGUCGGUCAAUCGAAGAACAGGUCGAUUAUUCGAAGAACAGGUCGAACAUUCGAAGAACAGGUCAAGCAUUCGAGUAACAGGUCGAUCAUGGAUGCUUGAAGGAGUACGAGUUGUAGAUGGUAAAUAGCUUGACCCCAGGGAAAAUGAAAAGGUACUGGUAUCCGACAGAUGAUGGCAUGUGGGAAGGUGUACCGAUUGUGGGUAAGCGUCUGUUUACUUUGACCAUAUUCCGCAUGUACACCUUCGCAUUUGAUCCGCAGGGGCGUCUUGAUGGGAAGGUGAGCUGGAUGACGACGAGUUGAUUGUGUGGGCCCAGCAAUGGCGCAGAGCGUCUGUUGUACAUGCUGAGGCUGUCAGGGUCGGAAAGUAUCCGCUGUUUCGAUUGAUCAGCGCCCCUCGCUUUUGUACUAGGAUGAAGCAAAGUAGACGUAGCACCAAACUGGCAAUAUAAUUGAUUGUGACGUAGGCACUGCUGUUGCUGUUCGAGUGAGAGUGCGUGCGGGUAGACUUUGAACCUCUGGCAAGGAUAUUGCAGUAGUACGGUGACCCUCGUGAUUUUUUGUAUCUCUUGUGCUGGGGGUUGAAUGCACGUUCGAGUCAAAGCCCCCGGGCGCGUGCAAUGUGUGCUUCUCAUGUUUCUGGGUAAGAGCUUCGAAUAUUUACUGGAUCGUUUCGGGAUAGUUGAUCUCGGAUGUUGUUGUCGUUUGUCGUUUGUCGUUUGCAUUUUGGCGAGGACCUUGACCACGUGGGUGGCCACAAUGAUACCAGUGAGGACUCUCGCUUUCGUCCUGAUGCUCUGUUUGCCAUGGCGCUAUGCAUUGGGUAGUUUAGGCUCUAAAGCGAGUAAUUUGGAAAGUUUGGAGCCAGUUAUUCCUUGCCCAGUAGGAUGGUAAGCGGUCGACGCCGCGCUGGUAUCCGUAGCUCAGCAGUUGACGAAAGCACGAACUAUGGAUGCGAACGCGGCGACCGGCGAAGGGGAUGUCCUUCACAUCGACUCGUUUUAUGCAUGGGAAACAUGCGCGUCGGCGCCGAGAGCUUUUUUUGUUGUUGGCAACACAUGAGCGCCGUGAUUCGAUGGUGGUGAAGGGAAUUCGCGGAUCGAAAAGAAAAGUUGACAGCAACAAUCCGGUACUACACCGAUGACGAUGCAGAAUUGCCAGCACCGCUGUGGACAUAUUUUGCUAUUUCAUUUCAGACUACAUGCACAUGGUGAGGAGGGGAACAGGGGAUCGAUCCUCCUCACGAUUAAUCUCACUCAUGGCGCGCAUCUCAGCAGGACUCGGUACCGGGUUAGAGAGAGAAGAGUUCGGCGUCAGAUAGAUAUAGUCUAGUCAAGAGCAAUGAAUAAAAAAUGUUU